GCCUAUGGAGCAGAUGGCGCCGUGAUUGGUCAGUCACAUGUAUCCAUCCCACUGUGUCCUCUUGUAUGUUGCAGCGGAUUGAGAAGACGGGAGAGGAUGGUAGCAAGCUGCUCCAAUAAUAAAAGCCCUGACUGUGUUUCCGAGCUAUGGGAUGGUGAGUGUGAGCGGCCGGCGGCCCUGGGCAAUGCUGCGGGUACCAAUUAUUGGGAUCAUGAGGUGGCUGCAAACAAUGUAAAUGAAGAAGAGCAAACGUGUCUGUACCUGACCAAGCUCUUUGAGAACUCUCUAUCCAGAGCCAAGAAGACUAAGCUGAACUGCUCUGAGGUUUUAGUUCCUGAAAGGUUGAUCAGGAAGAUAGCCAGGGACGUACUCUGCCUGUCUUCCAGCGAACCCUGUGGUCUGCGUGGGUCGAUCAUCUACAUCAACAUGGAGAUUGAGAACAUGUGUAAAAAGUUGGACCGGAUUGUUUACGAUUCCAGUGUUGUUCCAACUUUUGAAUUGACAUUAAUAUUCAAACAGGAUGGGAACUCCUGGCCAAGUCUCCGAGAUUUCUUUUUCAUCGGUACCUGUUUUACACCUGGGUUCAGGCAAGCACUGAAACUCAGUCCUGGGUUUUGCCUGAUAAAGAAGAAACUGUACUCCUCUUCAGCUCGGACAGUUAUCGAGUGCUAAAAAUAAACCCAAACUGGCACUAAGUGCUCUUUAUGAUGGGUUUAACUCAUUCUCCUGCCAGCACUUCACUAUCGCAUAAUGCUCUUGAUUUGACCCAUCUUCAGUAUGCCUGUAAAAACCCAUUAUCUACUAAGUAAUGUGACUCCUUUCAGUGUGACCUUGAUAUCUGUUAUUAUACAUGCCUUGCUUGUUGAGAAGUUGUAUUGAUAUAGCACCUUUCAUUUCCUCCAUGUCCCAAAGAACUUGUCAGCCAAUGGCAUUUGAUGUUACCUUUGCAGGUAAUAUGGCAAUGAAAUCAUACAAUCAGACAAUUCUUGAGAUGAAUAACUCAAAUCUGUGAUGGGUGGGUGGAUGAGAGAGGAAGAAUGAAUAUUGACUUUGGUGGAUUAAUGUUGGUCUGUCCUAAGUCAUUCAUCUAUCACUGAAACAAUGAGAGAACUCCUUGCUCACUGUGGGAUUACUAAGGCUACUGGCACAGGUAGAAAGAUGCAUGGUUUAAUAUCCCUUCCAAAAAACCAUGUACCGCUAACAAUGCUGCCGGCUUGCAUUGGUACUGAACUGAAGUUAACAGUUUAGAUUGAGCCAAAUGGGGUUUGAACCAAAUCGGGAAGAGUUACAUGCUGAGCCAAGCUGGCAGUAGAUUGCCUAGGUAGCUGAUUGGAACAAAACUAUUGAUCCAACCAUGUCUGCAUUGAGGAUGUGAGCAGCAAUUGGCUGGAGUCCCCAAUCUUAAGGUCAAGUACGCUUCCAACUAUUCUAAUUACUAGAAAUUUCAUUUGACUUUUUGGAAAGUUUUCAAGUCUCUCCUCUGUAAAUAGGCUGCUCUUCUUUAAUGAGCAGUAAUGGAGUUUAUAUGUUCAGAAGUGAAACAAGCUGCUUUACUAACUGCAGAAAACUUUCUCGAGUUUUAGAUGGGGGUGGCUGUGGGGUGGAGGGUUACAUGACAAAUCUAAGUCUUUGGUGUCCCAAGCUUGACAAGCUGGGUAGACACUAAAAAUGACUUGCACACUAGGUUUUGGGUUAAGUAAUGUGGGGACGGUGGGGGUAGGGGUGGGGAGAGUGGGGGUUGCAAAUCUCAAUCUCAUGUUUGCCUUUUGCACUUUCGUUAGGUAAGUUUGCACUUUUUUUGUCGAUGUUGCACUACUGUUGUGGGUGUUCAUAGUUUUGUUUGCCAGUGCUCUCUAAGCUGCUGCUUUGGUCAUGUAGUGGAUUCAAAGAAGGAUUACUCAUUAUGGUCUGAUCUAAGGGUUUAAUCUUUACCCUGCGCAUUAAGUUAAUGCAAUAAGCAUCAAAAAGAAAUGUUCCUUUUAAAGAAAACUUGUAAAUUUUUUGGACAAUAAAAUGAUUUUUAUAACCUGA